AUGCUCGAGAUCAAUGCCGGAGUUCGCGAAUCUGAAUCGCCGAUCUCCCCGGAGGAUCUGCGCCAGGUAGGAAUUCGGUUCCGACUACGAGCACGAGCACGGAGCCUGCUUCCUCCGUACUACUGUCCGUCCCGUCCUCUGUGCUUUCCGAGCUCGGUUGUACAUGUCCAGUCCUACAAAGACGAACAAUGCCUGA